UGGAGGUUUUCUCUUAUUAUUCCUUUUGGCGAAGAGAGAGUUAGUAGUAAAAAGCAUGGCUGAGGCAGUUGUUUCCUUUGUGCUCGAAAGUGUCAGAGAUUUCACCAUUCAGGAAGCCAAGUUCUUGUCUGGAGUCAGUCAUCAAGUUGAGGUUGCACAAACUGAGCUACAACUGAUGCAGGGCUUCCUGAAAGAUGCAGAUGCAAGACAAGGACAAGAUGCAACAGUCCACAUUUGGGUUGCCAAGAUUAAAGAUGCUGCUUAUGAUUUGGAAGAUGUUAUUCAAACUUAUGGCUUCAAAGUGGCUUCCAAGCAGAAAAGCGGCGUGAAGAAUGUUUUGAGAAGAUUUGCCUGCAUCUUCAAGGAAGGGGUUGAGCUUCACAAGAUCGGAGCAAAAAUUGAGAACAUCACUUCUAAAAUUUAUAAUUUGAGGUCGAGUUUGCAGAGUUAUAACAUAGAAGAAAUAAAGGAGAGUGGUGGUGAAUCUUCCCUUCAAUUACAUGAGAGGCAACGGUUGCUGAGGCGAAGUUAUUCUCAUGUUGUUGGGUUAGAGUCCAACAUCGAAGAAUUGGUUAUGCAUUUAGUGAAAGAUGAAAAUCAUCAUCAAGUUGUAUCUAUUUGGGGGAUGGGCGGUUUAGGGAAGACCACUCUUGCAAAACAAGUUUAUCAUAACAAAAAAGCUAGGCACCAUUUUGAUAGUUUUGCUUGGGAGUGAGUAUCUCAAAGGUGCCAAAUAAGAAAUGUUUUGGGAAGGAAUUUUAUUUAAACUCAUUUCUGCUACCAAAGAACAAAAACAAGAAAUUAAGGAGAUGACAUAUGAUGAAAUUGCAAAGAAGCUUUUUCGUGUCAUGGAAGAAACAAGAUGUUUAGUGAUUCUUGAUGACAUUUGGAGUCUAGAGACGUGGAAUCUUUUGAAAGUUGCAUUUCCGAAUGAGAAAACCGAGAGCACAAUAUUACUUACAACACGUUAUCAAGCAGUUGCUUUGCCCCCAAAUAGAAAUUGUUUUCUCUACAAACUCCAGCCACUAAAUGAGAAUGCGAGUUUGGAACUAUUUGAGAAGAUAGCAAUAUUUGGAAGGGCUGAUAUCGAUUUGAGAAUUUACACAAAGAUGAGAGAAUUAGGAAUAAAGAUGCUUCGACAUUGUGUAGGUUUACCAUUAGCCGUCAUUGUGCUUGCCGGAGUAUUAUCUAGAAAAAACACCAUUAAAGAGUGGGAGACAGUGCAUGAGAAUGUUCAUGAAUGCAUUAGGAGGGGCAUAGGUCAUGAAGAAUAUGAAGGAGCAUCAUGGGUGUUGGCGCUCAGUUAUGAUCAUCUACCAUAUCACUUAAAACCAUGCCUUUUAUAUUUAGGUCAUUAUUCUGAAGACCUUGAGAUUUCAGUGAGCACAUUGACUAAGUUAUGGGUGGCAGAAGGUCUUAUCUCGUUAAGACAACCAAGACAUGUUUCGGGGGAAACAACGGAGGAGAUAGCGCGCAAUUGCUUAAGUGAGUUGGUGGAAAUGUGUGUGGUUCAAGUGGGAACAACUGGUUCAACUGGGACAAUGAAAACUUGUCAGAUCCAUGACCUUAUACGAAA